AUGGGUCAGUUGAUAGAACACAUUGGUCCCGCGGGACCUAGAGCCUUGCAAGUAAGGAAGAAUGCAGUCGUUGUAGAUGCUAUAGCAGGAUCACAUUGGACCCUUCCACAUCCACGUUCUCAAGAGGAAGUUGAUUUACAUGCUCACCUUACGACUAUAACCCUGCCAUUAAAUGUUGAUGUUUGUGAUGAUUACGAAUGGGUGGCUGGUGAUUCUUCUUUACAUGUUUUCAGGUCUUCCACAAUGUGGGAAGUGCUCAGGCCGCAUCAACAGAUCAAAAAUUGGGUGGAUGUGGUCUGGUUCAAAGGAGCAAUUCCAAAGCAUAGCUUUACUAUGUGGAUCGCAAACUACGACAUGUUGCCUACACGAUCAAGACUUGCAGCAUGGGGAUUACCGGUCUCACCCUCCUGUCCUUUUUGCUCCAACUUCGAAGAGACGAGGGAUCAGCUCAUGCUUUCAUGCGAAUACUGCUCAGAUGCCAGCCACCAAACACCAUGUUCGCAGACUGGUCAGAGCUCUUGUCCUGGAUCAGAGCUGCAUCUUCUUCCAAGAUUUCUCUCCUUAGGAAGCUAG